GAGCUCCUGGGAGACCAGGAGGGGGACGCCACUCCACGGGAACCCCUCGGAACACCCCAGAGCCCCACGGAAUCCCACGAGCCCCCCCCCAGACCCUUGCGGACCCUGCCUGACCCCCCUGAACCCCCCUGGAUUGCUCCCGAACCCCUCCAGACCCCCCCGGACCCACCAGGCAGGAGAGUGUCUGCCCCCACUGUGCCCUGGGUGCCCCCGUGGCCAGGACGGAGCUGGAGGAGAUGGAAGCACCCGGAUGCACCGGCUCAGAAUGGCUGGUGGUCCCCAAGGCGGAGGUGACCCCCGAGGAUGACACGGAUGAUCCAGGGGACCCAGAGUUCCACGACUCAGGGCAGUGGCUGGUGCGGAAGGUGAAGGUGGAGGAGGAGGAGGAGGAUGAGGCCGAGGCCUGGGCGGCCCCGCAGCCCCUGCCCGGCGCCUUCCCCCCCGAGCCCGCCGGGACGCCGGGGGUCGCCGGCGCCUGCAAGGAGGAGGAGCCGUGCCCGGAGGAGCUGGGAUACGGGGUGCUGCCGGCCUGGGGGCCGGGGCCGCCCCUGGACGGCAUCGGGAUGGGCUUCGGGAUGGGCAUCGGCGCCGGCGCGGCCGCAGGGAUGAGCCCCGGCCCCGGCGGGUGCGGGCACCGCUCGCAGCCCGGCCCGCGGCCCUUCUGCUGCCCGCAGUGCGGGAAGGCCUUCGGGAAGAAGGCGCACCUGACGCGGCACCUGCGGGUGCACACGGGCGAGCGGCCCUUCCCGUGCCCGCACUGCGGCCGCCGCUUCCGGCAGCGCAUCCACCUGCGCUCCCACCUGCGCACGCACACCGGAGAGCGGCCCUACCCCUGCCCGCGCUGCGCCCGCCGCUUCCGCAAGAAAACCCACCUGGACCGACACCUGCGCACGCACACCGGCGAGCGGCCGCACCCCUGCCCGCGCUGCACCCGCCGCUUCGCCCACCGCCAGCACCUCCUGCGGCACCUGCGCCUGCACGGGGACCCCGCUCCGGGGCACGGGCACCGCGACGGCCCCGGGGACGGCCACGGGGACGUCCCUGCCGAGGAGAAGCCGCUGCUCUGCCCCGGGUGUCAGAUGAGCCUCACCUGGAAGCAGAGCCCGGCGUCGCACCUGGAGCUGCACACGGGAGCGGUGCCGGGAGCUGGGAAUGGACACCUGGAUGAGCCCCAGGACGGGGACAGGGACAGCCCUGCCGAGGAGAAGCUGCUCAUUUGCCCCCAGUGUGGGAUGGGCAUCGCCUGGAAGCAGAACUCGUCGUCGCACCUGUGGCAGCACCUGGAGAGCCAAGCCCUCGGCUGUGCCCAGGACCCGCAGCACCCCCUGCAGCCCCCACAGGAGCCCGGAGCCCAGGACCCCCAGUGCCCCCCCCAGGUGCCCGUGGCUGAGCCUCCCUUCGUCCAGGACCCCCAGCACCUGUCGCAGGUGCCCGGUGCCAACUGCAGCCACGGCUGUGCCCAGGACCCCCCGCCCCUCCUGCAGCCCCCGCAAGCGCCCGGUGCCCAGGACCACCAGCCCCGGCUGCAGGUGCCCGGUGCCAAAAGCGGCCAGAGCUGCACCCAGGACCCCCAGGACCCCCCGCAGGUGCCCCCUGCCCAGCGCCCCUUCACCUGCCCGCAGUGCGGGCGCGGCUUCGGGCGCAAGGCGCACCUGGCGCGGCACCUGCUGGUGCACUCGGGCACGCGGCCCCACGCCUGCGCCCGCUGCGGCCGCCGCUUCAGCUCCAAGACCAACCUGGGCCGGCACCAGGCCGUGCACACGGGGCUGCGGCCCUACCACUGCGCCCGCUGCGGCCGCGGCUUCACCCGCAAGACGCACCUGGAGCGCCACGAGCGCACCCACGGCACGGGCACAAGGACGGGCACAGGGACGGGCACGGCCCCCACCGGUGCGGGGAUGGCCGCAGCCACUGCUGCCACUGGCACUGCUGUCACUGGGUCCCAGCUGGGCUGGCCAGAGCCCCCCGCCCUCUGCCCCUGAACGCCCGGAGGUGCCAGGGGCUCCGGUGGGUGCUGAUGGUGAAUCCCUGGCACUGGGAUGGGCUGUGUUCCCCAGGGCCUGGGAUGUCAGGAUGUGCUGGGUGGUGCCACAGGCCCUGGUGACUGCCAGUGGUGAGUCCUGGCACUGGGACGUGCUGUGUUCCCCAGUAGCUGCCAGUGGCACAUCCUGAGCACUGGGGUGUGCCGGGUUCCCCAGUGGCACAUCCUGAGCACAGGGGUGUGCCAGGGGACCCAGUGGCACAUCCUGAGCACUAGGGUGUGCCGGGUUCCCCAGUGGCACAUCCUGAGCACUGGGGUGUGCCAGGUUCCCCAGUGGCACAUCCUGAGCACUGGGGUGUGCUGGGCUCCCCAGUGGCACAUCCUGAGCACUGGGGUGUGCUGGGCUCCCCAGUGGCACAUCCUGAGCACUGGGGUGUGCCGGGCUCCCCAGUGGCACAUCCUGAGCACUGGGGUGUGCCAGGUUCCCCAGUGGCACAUCCUGGCACUGGGGUGUGCCGGGUUCCGCAGUGGCACAUCCUGAGCACUGGGGUGUGCCGGGUUCCCCAGUGGCCGCCAGUGCUGUGUCCUUGGCACCCUGUGCCGGGCUGUGCCGGUGCCCGCAGCAGUGCCAGUGGUGACCCCUCAGCCCUGGGAUGUGCCUGAAGGUGCCAGCAGGCGCCGGUGCCACAUCCUGAGCGCCGGGAUGUGCCGGGGCCCCGGCAGGGGGAUCCCACAGCAUCCCCCAGGAUCCCGGCCCGCUCUGCCACCUGCAGCGGCGCAGGAGCAGCCCCGGAGCGUGGUGGCCGGUGGCACUGGAAAGCCCCCGGUGAGGGACCGGAGGGACCCCAGGGCGGGGACGGGAGGGCUGUCCCGGCCGUGGGCGGGGGGCAGCGGGGUGAAGCGGAGCUGCCAAUAAAGCCGUUUUUAUGGAA